AGAACGAAAAAGUGCUUCAGAAAAGCAAUAGGGAAAAAAAAAGUUCAAAAAAAAGACGAAAAGAUGACGGAAAAUAAGAACACCUUCGAUUCUGUCCGUGAAUGGAUUGCCGAGCACAAGCUUCGUACUGUUGGGUGUUUAUGGCUGAGUGGAAUAGCGGGUUCGAUUGCAUACAAUUGGUCUCAACCCAACAUGAAAACCAGCGUUAAGAUUAUUCACGCCAGGUUGCAUGCGCAAGCGCUGACACUUGCUGCAUUAGUUGGGGCUGCUGGUGUUGAAUAUUUUGACCACAAAUCUGGAGCAAAAGCUGAACGUGUUGCCAAGUUUCUUAAUUAUGAAGGACAUCCUCAAAAGGAUUGAAUCUGUGAUUCGUUGAAUGUUAUUACAUCCACUUGGAAUAUCAUUUAAUCUAAUACGAGAUAGUCUUAGUUCCUUAAUAGGAUGUCUUUUCGGGGAAAACACACGGAGCUUUUGUUUUCUUGUGAUAUGUUUGAUUAUUCAGCUUGGAUGAUUGAUUUUGUUGCAUGGACUGCUCGUCGCGUCCGGCUGCCUUAUUGAGAACCUGAAGAAGAGGAAAAGUGAAUGGAAUAUUUCUAUUUGCAGUAGUUA